GUCCGCAAGUACCUGCUGCUGUUGGACAGCCGCAAAGAACACGUCAAGUUUUGGCGCCCGCAAGUGUUGCUGAUGGUGCGGAAUCCGCGGACCUCCCUCCAGCUCAUCCGCUUCAUCAACGAUCUCAAGAAAAGUGGCUUGUACGUCCUCGGCCACGUAGAAUUGGCGGAUCUGGACUGCCUGCCAUCCGAUCCCUUGCCUGACCAGGCGGACUCCUGGCUGCAGCUGGUGGACCGGUUGAACAUCAAAGCUUUUGUCAAUCUGACCCUGGCCAGCUCAGUCCGGCACGGCACACAGCAGCUGCUCUUCAUCUCCGGACUGGGAGGCAUGAGGCCUAACACCAUCGCGCUGGGCUUCUACGACUACCCGCCCCCGCUCGACAACGUGUCCCAGCCCACCGCUUUCAGCAGAGACGAGGCCAUUUGGCACGACUUCCCUUCCGUCUGGACCUCGGGAGGCCCCAAGCAACUGUCUUCCCGGGAGUACGUGGCCAUCAUCUGCGAUGCCAUGAAGAUGUCGCGCAACGUCCUUCUGGCCCGCUACUUCGACCAGCUCCAGCUGCCUCAGUCCAUCGGCUGGCGAGCCCAGCCCCUCAUCGACGUCUGGCCCAUCAACCUUUUGCGCCCCGACAGCGCCCGCUACGUCGACACCAGCAGCCUCUUCCUGUUGCAGAUGGGCUGCGUCCUGGCCAUGACCCGGUCGUGGCGACGGGCUCAGUUGCGCCUCUUCCUGUGCGUGCAGAGUUGCACCAGCCGCCAGGGGCAGGAGGACAAGCUCCGGCAGCUUCUGAAGGACCUGCGCAUCCGGGCGAAGGUCCAACUGGUGCUGUGGGACGACGUGGUCGCUCUCCAUUGGCACAGCCGCCAGGAAGACUCGGCGGACGGCGCCCUCAAUGCCUCCAGCAACAUCACGUCCAUCUCCAACGAGUAUUUGACUGCGGUUAACCAGCUGAUUCUCCAGCAGAGUUCCACCCCAACUGUCCGCUUCCUUUACCUGCCCCGUCCUCCCGCGGACACUAAUUUAUACCCCAGGUAUUUGGAACAGCUGGAGAUCCUGACCCACGGACUGGGCCCCACGCUGCUUGUCCAUGGGGUGAGCGCCGUUACGAGCACUCAGCUGUAAAGCAGGGCUGUCGGUUGUCCACUGUGGGCAAGGGCUGGUGGUUGAUGGAACACCAGGCCGUCAAGGAUGGCCCUCAAGGAUCGCGGUGAAGGGGAGCCGAAGAUCAACCAGCAAUGUUCUUGGCUGGAGUUGGGGUUCCAUAUCUCCCCCACCCUUUUCGUCCCAGACUGGGCUGUUGCGACGCCUCCCAAAGACAACUGGGCGACAGGGUUAGGGCCCGGCUCAGUGUUCCUAGCCGAGAGCUUCCAUCCAGCAGGGUCUCCUCUGUGCUGCUUUUCCGAACUACUUGUAAACAACCAAAGAAUAUGAAGCUGAGUCUGGGACCUCCAUCUUGGGAGGUUGGCAGCCAGAAGGUUCCAUGGUGCUGGUGGCUUUGGAAAACUCUUGAUGGCUGCCUUUCUUGGGACACUUGUAAAGAUGGGAACAGAAUUAAAGGUUGUUGGAUUUCA